AUCACCGGAAGCACGUGGAACCUGCGAAGGAAGACCUGUGUUUAUAGAUGUAUUAUGUAGCAAUAGUGUAUUAAUAAUUUGGUGAAGUAAAGUUUACAGAUUCCCGAGUCGCGAAGGUUCACUCGUCGUCACGAUGAAGGUGAAGAAGUUAAACCAGAAGCAGCUUGAGUUGCGAAAACGUAAAAAGUCAACAACCGCCAAGAGGAAGAAGAAAGAGCUGAGCAGGUUGACCACGGAAGAGUUCUUUGCGCAAGAUUUCGAGGCGGAUAGCGAUGCGUGCGACAACGGUGAAGAAGAUAAAAGCAUAGAUGACGAGGACAAUGAGCGAGUGGACAGUGACAGUAGCGAGGGCGACUUGGAUCCUGCGGAGCACAAAAAGUCGCUGGUGAAACUGAAAGACACCGAUCCUGAGUUCUAUAAAUACCUGAAGGAGAAUGACAAAAAUCUUCUCGACUUUCGAGUGUCGGACGACGAAGACGAUGACAAUUUUUCGAUAGACGGUUCUGACAAUAAACAUGUUCCCAAUGAAAAUUUGGAGGUUGCUAGCGAUGACAGCGAUUUUCAGCCGGAAGAAGAGGGCGAUUCGAAAAGGAAGAUCACUACAAAAUUACUGAAGACUUGGCAGGAAGACAUACAAACGGAUAAGUCGAUAGUCACUAUUAAGUGUGCUGUAGAGGCCUUCCAUGCGGCUUUGGAUAGCGUUACGGAACUGGCUGAUACCACCACGGAAUAUAAAGUAGAAGGAAGUGCAGCCUUCAAUGGUGUAAUGCAGCUGUGCAUAAUGUAUCUGCCUGACGCGUUUAAACGCUUUUUAAAACUGGACCCGGAAUCGCAGGAGGCACACAAAUCCAAGAGAUUCGGAAAGAUACGGUCAAUUUUAAAAUUAUACUUGUCCGAUCUUAUCAAGUUGUUACAAAGUGUAGCGUCGCCCAGUAUUCUUACGGUGCUUCUGAAGCACUUGCGUCAAAUGCUUCCUUACACCCGCUCAUUCUCGUCUUUGUCUAAACCGCUGUUACGGAUUUUAAUCAAGUUCUGGUCAGCUGCAGAGGAGACUGUUCGAGUUACAGCAUUCGUAAAUAUAUUACAUAUGGCAACUAAGAAAGAGCCCGUGUUAGAGAAGCUGUUAAAGACCAUGUAUGUGAAAUAUGUUCAGAAUACUAAGUUCGUUUCACCGAACACGCUGCCAGGAAUAAAUUUUAUGAAGCAUUCUUUGGUUGAAAUUUAUUUGCUCGAUCAUGAUGUCUCGUACAAUCAUGCCUUUUUGUAUAUCAGACAAUUGGCGAUUAAUUUGAGAAACGCCGUAACGUUAAAGAAAAAGGAAAACUUUCAGGCCGUAUAUAAUUGGCAGUAUGUAAAUUCUUUGCGCUUUUGGACGGAAUUAAUAAUUAAGUCGAAGGGUAAAUCGAUGUUGCGUUCGUUGUUAUAUCCACUAGUUCAGAUUAUUAUUGGAACGAUAAAAGUCAUUCCAACGGCGCAAUACUAUCCAUUGCGAUUCCACUGUGUAGAAAUGUUGAUAACAAUUUCUAAGGAGACGGGAACGUUUAUACCUAUUUUGCCAUUUCUUCUCGAGAUAUUGGACUCUUACAAUUUUGAUAAAAAGCAUAAAGCAGUCACAAUGAAACCUAUACCGCUCACUUGCAUAUUGAGGAUGUCGAAAUCGCAAUUGGCAGAGAAUGGUUUCAAGGAUAGUAUUAUCGAAACUAUUUAUCAAUUUAUAUUGGAAGAUGCCGCGAGCGAGAGUCAUAAGAUAUAUUUCCCGGACGUGUGCAUACCUUGUAUAAUACAGCUAAAGGCAUUUCUGAAGAAGUGCCAUGUGGCGGCUUACUGCAAGAAGAUGAAAGAGCUUUUAAAUAUGAUCGAGGAAAAUAGAAAGUACAUUGAAGCUGAGCGUAAUAAAAUGACGAUUGAUCUCAAGAACACGGCAGAGAUCGCAAAUUGGGAGAACAGAAUAAAGACGGACGGCACAGAAAUAGCCAAGUUCUAUGCUUCCUGGAUUAAGAUUCACAAGUCCAAGAUGCUUAAGCUUCUCACGAAGAACGAUGAAAAAGUCAAUGUACCGGUGAGGUUGCCGAGGAAACAGAAAUUAGACGAGCGGGAUGCAGAAGACAGCGAAGAAGAGAGCGAGCUUGAGUUUCGAUUAAAGGGAACGGGAUCCAAAGCGGAAGGCAAAAUGCCACCAAGUAAGGCGAAAAAGCGCAAGAAAAGCAAGGGCAAGGAGACGAGCAAUAAUAUCGAGGACGAAGAUUUGCCAAGAGAAGACACAGAUAUUGUCCAGGACAUAAAUAGCGACGAUUGGGACUAAAAAGAUCAUUCAAGAAUUUAUGAAUUACGUAAAAUGAGUAAUACGUGUAUUUUACUUUCCGAAACGUAUUGCAAUAAAUCUUUACAUUUGGUUCGAAAGA